AUGUUAAUCCAUCAAUCAUCCAAAUUUAUAAGAUUCUCUUCGGUCCGAUUUUUAUCUACUACUAUUCCUAAAAAUGCCGCUCUUACUCGUCCUACCUCACCCGAGUCAGUAAAAAAUACAUUAUAUGAUAGUUCAAAUUAUCAAAAUAAAGAGAAUUCGUUCCGACUUUCACCAGAUUUCGGAAAAAAUCAACAUUUACCUAUUGAUAAUGAAUUUAAGGAAAAUUUAAGAAAAGUAUUAUUUAAUUUUAAUGCACCAAUAAGAUAUUCUUUUGCAUAUGGUAGUGGUGUAUUUCCACAAAAAGGUUACGAAUUAAAGCCUAAACCAAUGGUGGAUUUUAUUUUCGCCGUUAGUCAUUCUCAACAUUGGCAUUCUUUAAACUUGAAUAAAAAUAGAAAUCAUUAUUCUUUUAUGGGAGGACUUGGUAGCCGAGCUGUGACAAUUUUACAAGAUGAUCUUGGAGCCGGCAUUUAUUUUAAUCCACAAAUAGAAAUGAACGGAAUGGAAAUUAAAUAUGGUGUAAUUUCAAUUGACAAAUUGUGCAAGGAUCUCUUAGAUUGGGAAACACUUUAUGUUGCAGGAAGAAUGCAUAAGCCCAUAAAAAUAUUACAAGACGAUGCACGUGUUCGAUUGUCACAGCAAGUAAAUCUGGCAAGCGCCCUGCGAACAUCUUUGCUUAUGCUUCCAAAAGAUUUCUCGGAAGAACAACUUUAUUUAACAAUUGCGGGAUUAUCUUACGAAGGUGAUUUUCGUAAAUAUAUUGGAGAGAAUCCACAUAAAAUAAAAAAUAUAGUUUCAAAACAGGCAGAUACCUUUAAGAUAUUAUAUGGAGAAUUGAUUCAAGGAAUGCCAAAUGUUUCAUUUGUAAGCAACGGAAAACUUCAGCAAGACGAUAAUCCCAAAGCUCGUGCUAAUAUGUUGGAAAAGUUACCAAAAACAUUGAGAUAUAAAAUCCGUGAACAGUAUGGAUUCCACUUAGUCAAAAAAGGGCGACCUUUGCCAUCAGAUGAUAAGGAAGUUUACAAGGGUAUAGCAUCUUCUGACGAAUACGUGAAAUACAUUAAAGCCGGAUUACGUGGAAUUAUUUUUCGUCCUUCUGUUGUUCAAAGCCUUAAAGGCAUAUUAACAGCAGGGUUUAUUAAGAGUAGUAAAUAUACCGCAAAUAAAUUGGGAAAAUGGUUUUCGAGACCACAAUGA